AUGAUUGGCGAGUACCUUGCUGAAGGAGAUGAACACAAUGUUGCUAUCAUGCAUGCUUUUGUCAACUUUCUGGAUUUCAGGAACUUCUUCCUGGACGCUGUUUGUAUGUUUUUGCAGGCAUUCCGCCUUCCUGGAGAAGCUCAGAUGAUCGAUCGCUUCAUGCUCAAGUGCGCGGAAUGA